CAAUCAUUCAAUUGUGAGGAAAUUAUUCGCAGCGAUAACAUAUCGACAAAUAAUACUUAUUUGCUUAGUUCCAUCGUAACGGCGAACGGUCAUAAUACUCUCUAAGAUGAAAACGAGAGUACUUGUACUCGUACUAUGCAUAUGCACAUUCCUUAGUCUUACCAGUGCAAUUCCAAUUAACACCAGACAAACCAACAAAAAACCGAUUACAUUUGAAGACAUUUUCACUGGUCGAUUUUAUUUCGCCAGUUUUAACGGUUCAUGGAUCUCGGAUGAAGAAAUCCUGUUCCGAAGAAAUGGUGACCUAAUUAAAUACGAUGUGUCUAAUGGAAAUAGCCAAGUAUUUUUGGAAGCCGAUGUUUACAAUAAUUGGGUAUCACCGAGCUUCACAUACUCAACUGACUACACUAAAUUGUUGGUGCGUUUCAAUGUUACGUAUGUCUUCAGACAUUCCGUUGUAGCACAGUAUGACGUCUACGACAUUGCCAGCAAAACGAUUACGCGAGUCGGCAAUGGUGAACCUCUCAAUUUUUGUGUUUUGUCGCCCAAUGGCAACCUGGUAACCUUUGUUAAGGACAACAAUGUUUUCACGCAGACGAUAAACGCUGAUGAAAUCCAAUUGACUAAUGACGGUAUCAAUGGCGUUGUGUAUAAUGGUGUGCCUGAUUGGGUUUAUGAAGAGGAGGUGCUCGGCAGUGGAGGAGCCCUAUGGUUUUCGCCGAGUGGAAAUAAAAUUGCAAUUGCGAGUUUCGAUGAUACCGAUGUGGAGGAAUUCACCUACGUUCUGUAUGAAAAUCAAUAUGAAAAAGAAGAACGCCUCAGAUAUCCUAAGGCUGGCAGAAUGAAUCCAACAGUCCAAUUCAGGUAUAUUGAUCUGUCAGAUCCUUCGAUGACGUGGCACACAUUUGCAGCACCAGAAAAAGUAACAGACGAUCACAUUCUUUAUUCUGUCAAUUGGAUUACUGACGAUGUCGUUGGCGCAUUUUGGUUGAAUCGAAGGCAGAAUCUCGGAAGUUACCAGAUAUGUAGUACUAUUGGGAGUCGAAAUUGUUACGAGGCUUUUGAUUUAUCUGAGCCAAGUGGUUGGGUAGAAAUCAGCGCCAUACGAUGCACAGCCUCAGGGAAUCCGUGUUUUUUUAUCGGUUUCGGCAAUGGACUAUGGCGAUCAAUUCAACGUUUUAAUUUAAAUUCACCGGACGAACCGCCUAGCACGAUGUUUCCCAAGAAUUCCACUGUACUGAGUCUAUAUGGCUUCAGUGACGAUGGAAGUGACGUUUACUUCACGUCAACUCUGCCAGGUCAACCGAAUGCUCAGCACAUUUUUAAAAAUGAUAAAUGUUUGAGCUGCGACAUUGUUGGACCAGAGGAUGAAUUGUGCGAUUUCAGUAGAGCAAGUUUCAGUAAAUCAUUUACCUACUUUGCUUUUACAUGCGCUGGACCCGGGCCAUCUUACACACGGAUAUACCGGACGGAUGAUGGGACGGAACUGCUCAUUUGGGAGGAAAACAUAAACAGUCGCUUAACACUGGAGGAAUAUCAACGGCCACAUGUUCAUUUUGAAAAUGUAACGGUCACCGACGGAUUUGUUGCUAUCGUUAAGUUAACAUUGCCACCGGAAAUCGACAUGAAUAACUCACCCACCGACAUCAAAUAUCCGAUGGUUGUUGAAGUUUAUGGCGGCCCUGAUUCCGUCGAAGUGACAAGCUCAUUUUCCGUCGGUUUCAAAGACUACCAGGUUACGUCCCACAAAAUAAUCCAUUGUCGUAUUGAUGGUCGAGGUUCAGGAAAUAAAGGCAAAGAAAUGCUGUUCGCCAUCAACAAUCAAAUGGGCACAGUGGAAAUCGAGGACCAAAUUGCUGUAACGAAAUAUCUUCAGCAAAAAUAUCGCUUUAUUGACGAAAUGAGAACGGGUAUUUGGGGCUGGAGCUAUGGCGGCUAUGCAACGGCGAUGAUAUUGGCCACGGAUGUUGAAAAGAUAUUCCGGUGUGGCAUUUCGGUGGCACCGGUAUCGGCCUGGAUUUAUUACGAUUCUAUUUACACUGAACGUUACAUGGGUCUGCCGACGUUGGCUGACAAUUUGAUCAACUACAAUGCAACAGACGUCAGUUUACACAUUGGCGAACUAAAGAGUCACGAAUUUUUGUUGAUGCAUGGUAACGCCGACGACAAUGUUCAUUUUCAAAAUACAAUGGUCCUGACGAAAGCUUUAGUCGAUGCCGGUGUACAAUUUGAACAAGCUAGCUAUCCUAACGAAGCGCACAGUUUGGGUGGCGUUCAACGACACGUUUAUCAUACAAUCGACAAUUUCUGGACGAAAUGUUUUCAAAAUUGAAGUUCUGAGGCUUACAACGCACACAGUAACUCAUACAUAAGUCGUAUAAAGUUGGCAUACAUUUUGUACAACUUGAAUUAUACAAUAAAGUUUUAGAAAGAUUUUUCUUUCG